CCUGGGGGCGGCCCGUCAGGAAGUCCAGGAUCCAGCUGCAGAGGGAGGUGUUUAGUCCCAGGAUCCUUAGCUUAGCAUAUUGCACUAUAUUGCAUAUUGCACGCUAACCCUCAUACAGGCUUUCUACGGCCGCCUUUUAUUCUAGCCUGAGCGCUAACCCUCAUACUGGCUUUCUACGGCCGCCUUUUAUUCUAGCCUGAGCGCUAACCCUCAUACUGGCUUUCUACGGCUGUCUUUUAUUCUAGCCUGAGCGCUAACCCUCAUAUUGGCUUUCUACGGUCGCCUUUUAUUCUAGCCUGAGCGCUAACCCUCAUAUUGGCUUUCUACGGUCGCCUUUCAUUCUAGCCUGAGCGCUAACCCCCAUACUGGCUUUCUACGGCCGCCUUUCAUUCUAGCCUGAGCGCUAUCCCUCAUUCAGGCUUUCUACUACCACCAUAUUACACAGUAAUACCAGUUCAUCUCUGACACACAGGACAUCUAAAGUUCUAUUUCAACACAAUAGAAAUGAAUGUUUUUCAGCCCCUGUAUUUAUCAACAUAUUACGUAAGUGUUUCAGCUUGCCCAUGGCCAGAAAAGAGGAACCCCUCAGGGCUGUAUAUAAAUCAAUCGGUCUCUUGAGUUGGACUACAAAGGGCAUUUCUACACGUAACACAGUACUGCUCCAGAGAACUGAAGUCAUUGAACUCCAUACAUCAUGGAGGCUGUCUCCAGCGGUCCACACCCAGCCUCAGGAUUCCUAUCAUCUUUUAAAAGAAGACUCUCUUCCACCUUAAAGUUCCAAUGGGGUGUAUAUUCCAAACCUUCCCCGGCGAACACGCUAGAGGUCUUCAACCUCUUCUGUUUCUGUCUCAUCAUCGGCGCAGCGAUAGGAGGUCUUCUACACGUGUGGAUGGUCUACAAUCUGAACUACCAACCCUUUCCGUCAAUGGUGGUGUCCAGUACCUGGGGCUGUAUAAUAGUCCUGCUGCUGCUCCUCUUACACCCAGUCCGCUGUGUCCUCUCUAUCUCAGUGCCCUCCCUGGGAACCAAACAGGGCAGGAAGAUCCUCAUCUCCACCGCCCUGGUUAUCGUGGUGACCAGCUGCAUCCCCAACAUGACCAGGAACUUGAGCCGCUCCGUUGACAUGAUCAAGUGCUCCUCCCACAGCACCGCCGAGAGAAUCCUGGCCUCCACCAGUCAAGUAAGCAACGCACUACACGACAUGAAGGAUUUCAUCAAAACCAUACCGAACAUUGUGAACAGCGACCGGUUCUUGAAGAUUGAGCAGAACGUGAAUGUCGAGGAGAUGAAGAGGGGUAUCAGAAACGCCUCGGCCAGACUGAAGGCUGAGUUCAAAGCCAUACAGGAUACUCUGGAGGUCACAGGUCACGUGACCCAGAAAGUCAUCGCCUCCUCCUUCAUCGUGCUGCUGCUGGGGAGCUCUGUCAGUUACCUGGUCAGGUAUCUCACAGACCUAAAGCACGACAAUGUGUGUCAGACGGGCCGGCUACAGGAGUUACUGAGGGCCCGGGGGGUGGAGGAGCUCCCAGAGGCCUACAGGAAGAGGCUGGUGAGGACCAGGGGCUGGAGGAUGACACAGAUUGAGCUGAGACGAUGCCUGUGGGGAGGCACCAUCCUGGGCUUCUACUGCCUGGUAUGUGCCCUGGUCCUAGGGCUCGACCACCUCAUCUACUAUGUCCUGCAGACGUCUCUGAGCUGGACACAGGACAUUCCUGAGGUGAACACUAUCAUCUCACUCCGUCUGAAGAUUACAAUCCUAAUCAUUGGUUUAAUCCGUAAACCUGUGGGAGAAAUGAACAAAGACUAUCGCUAUGGGAUCCUGCUGUUGCCCCCGGACUGCGUUCGUCCCCUGUCCCCCCCAGACCCGUCUGUCCUCUCCACCACCGCAGCCCUCUUCCUCACCGCCCUGGUCAUGAUUCUGGGAGAGGUGUUCUCCAGGAGGAUCAGGAGGAAGAUCUGCUCGUCCUUCUACAGAGACAGAGAGGAGGAACGAGCCUUGUACCUGCGGGACAAGAUUCUAUUAAAGCUGGAGGAUGAGGGAAAGAUUUCAUAGAUCGGUAAACUGGAAGGAGGAACAGACCAUACACCUCGGGAACAAGAUUCUACUGCAGGCCAAAGAUGACUGGAAACUAACAAGAUCAUCUGCGUUCUAGAUUUUGUAGAUUGAUGUGUCAACAUUUGUGCUGAUCAUCGUUUAGAUCAAUGUCGAUCAAUCAUAUACAAUAAUCAUUUGAUCAAUCAUAUAUAUUAAUCAAUCAGAUAUAUUAAUAAAUCAAUCAAUCAUAUGCUGUACAUUAAUCAAUCAAUCAUGUCAAUAAGAUAAUUGACUUUAAAUCUUAUUAAAAUCAG